GGCUGAUACGCUAUCCCUAUAAAAGUUGAAAGAAGAACAACCGUUAAACUAAAGCCGUUAGUUAUACUGGUUGGAAGCCGAGACGAGAGUGUCAGAGAACAGGGAUAAAGCAACAAAGUACCAACGGACGAACAAAACAAUUUAGUGAUUUACCUUUGCGGUAAUUGACUCAAAGGAAAGAGAGAAGAAAGCAGACACAGCAACAAAGAAAUCACCACCUAUCAACGUUUCGGAAUCAGAAUCUUCUCUCCUUCGCGUUAACGCUAAGUGGCAUGUUUUGCCUUCAUAAUCACCUUCCUGAUAAAUAUAUACUUUAAAAUUUUCUUAUCUCCUUGAGUGAGAACCAUUUUUUUUUUGUAAGAAAAAGAAGGAAGGGAAAGAGGUAGGGAAAUCCGUCGAAUUCUGGGUUUUGACCAACAUUUCGUGGUGACCCAGGAUUUCACGGAUUGAGAUAAAAACAAAUAAUGGGGAGUUAUUUUGAAGCAGAAGAAGAAGAAGAGGAUCAAUUCUUUGAUACCUGUGAGGAGAAUUCUUCGAUAUCUGAUCGCAGUUUUGUUUGUUCUGAGGGAUGUGAUUCUAGUCCUGGUUUUGGCCCAGUCAACUGUUUUUUGGAUAGUUUUGAUCGGUACAAGUUCUGGUCUAUGUUCCCAGAAAGUGCUGAUAAGCGUCGAUAUAGAUUCCGAAAAUGGAUGGAUAAUAGUUUAGAUCGGAUUUCAGUUUCUGGAGAGGAUUCCUGUGGUUCCUGUAGGGAGGAAAUCGAAUUGGGCAAUUAUAGAAUCCCACAAGAUAGUGGGGCAGUUUUGAGGACUUCAGGUCUUGAAGACGGGGUUUCAUCCAGCCAGUCUUUUGUAUCUUUACGGUCCAAUGAUGCUCAAGAACUAGCUGAAAAUUAUUCAACGGAAGGUCGUUUUGCACAUGAAGCCAAGAAUUUGGAUAGUCAAAUGGAAUCGGUUGCAGUUGAACUGGGUGAGAAUGUUCGUCAGAAUGGAAUGAACAGCUGCUUACAAGGGAAGGGUUCAAGUAAUUCUGUUAGUUCUGACGAGUUUGAGAGGACCCCUACGCCAUCUCCUAGGCCUGCAAUAGAUGUGAAAAGGAAAGUGAAAAAGAGUUGGUUAAGUAAACUAGGCGCCAUGGCUCAUAUUGUUGAUAGACAUGUUGAAGUUGCAUCGAAGCACAGUAAUCUUGACUCGUCAUCAGGGGAAAGUAUGAAAAGAGUCAGGGUUCAUCCACGUAGCAAGAGUUCCAAGGAGUUGUCUUCCCUUUAUUGUGGGCAAGAAUUUGUCGCACACGAAGGGUCCAUCUUGACGAUGAAGUUCAGUCUGGACGGGCAAUUCCUGGCAACUGCAGGUGAAGAUUGUAUUGUGCGUGUAUGGAAGAUUAUCGAGAAUGAGAGUUUUGGCAAAUUUGACAUCCAAGACCUUGAUUCUUCAUGUCUCUACUUCAGAAUGAAUCAUCUUUCUCAUCUUACUCCUCUCAAUGUGGAUAAAGAAAGUACAGAUAAAAUUAAGAGGUUAAGGAAAUCAUCAGAUUCAACUUGUGUCAUUCUCCCACCCAAGGUCUUCGAAAUUUUGGAGAAGCCUGUGCAUGAAUUUCAGGGGCACAUUGGGGAAAUUUUGGCUCUUUCAUGGUCUAAGAAAGGGUUUCUACUGUCAUCCUCUGUUGACAAGACUGUUCGUCUAUGGCAAGUGGGAUAUGAUAGAUGCUUGAGGGUUUUUUCUCAUAACAGUUAUGUUACUUCUGUUGCCUUCAACCCUAUGGAUGAUAAUUAUUUCAUCAGCGGUUCAAUUGAUGGAAAAGUUCGCAUUUGGGAAGUGCUUCAUUGUCAAGUUAUUGAUUAUACUGAUAUAAGGGAUAUAGUAACAGCUGUGUGUUAUCGCCCUGAUGGAAAGGGAGGAAUAGUUGGCUCCAUGACAGGCAACUGCCACUUUUAUUAUAUCAUUGGAUGCUGUAGAUUAUUCUUGAAUUUUCAUCACUCAUGGUAUAUAAGGUCAUUAAAACUGUGGAUUUGCUCUAAGCAAACGUCAUGCACCAAAAGUUCUUCCAACUUGCUAAGUAUUUUCUGGCUCAUGAGUACUGUCUGUCAGUUCUCUCCUAAUGACCCAAGCAAAGUGAUCAUUACUUCAGCUGAUUCACUUGUCCGCGUCUUGUCUGAAAGAGAAGUCGUCUGCAAACUAAAGGCAUCAGGCUAUCGAAUUGCAGCAAGUCAGAUUUCUGCUACUUUUAGCCAAGAUGGGAAACAGAUCAUCUCAGCUAGCGAGGAUUCUAAUGUCUACAUCUGGAAUUACAUUAAUCACGAAAAGAACUGUUCCAAAGUGAAGAACAUUUCGUCUUGCGAGAGUUUCCUCUCCUACAAUGCAUCAGUUGCUAUACCUUGGUGUGGCAUUGAAACCAUUCCUGAAACACUUGCAUCCCCGGAAUUGAGGGGUGAUGUGAGGAGAAAUGGCCUCACAAAUGGGCAGAAACAUCAAAAUCCUAAGUUGGAUCUGGAACAAUUGAUGCCCCAUUCUUCACCCGAUUGUUUCUCUCUGACACGUGUUCUGUUGGAGUCUUUGAAAGGGGGGUCUCCAACUUGGCCGGAAGAGACACUUCCCAAUGCAAGUUCAGCGACGAUUGCAUCCGACAUGUGCAAAUUCGAGUUGAAGGUUUUGAAGAGUGCUUAUCAAAGCAUGUUAAGUUCUCACAAGUGGGGUCUUGUGAUUGUUACUGCAAGCUGGGAUGGACGCAUUCGAACCUACCUCAAUUAUGGGUUACCUAUUCGAUUAUAAGAAUUCCCCAAAGAUUCAGCAAACUUACACACGGCUUUUCCUGUGGCUGUUGAGCACCUCAAAGACGGCUAUCCUCAUGGUUGCUUACUUGCAGCAAGCUGAGGUUCAUGUGGUCCUCCCCGCAUGUGGGUCGGGACCCAUCAUAAAUUUUGAAGUGUGUUACAGUCCUAUCAUUUCAUGUCAAUCGGCGAUGGUUUAUUAAUUUGGUUGAAAUCCAGUCAGGUCCCAACAAGUGGCUGGAGUUUAAUUUUGUCGUUGGAUCACACCAUUUGGAUGUCAAUUUAUAUACUGAUUCUUUGAUUUGUG